UGUAGUUUCUCUGUCAAAGGCGGUACAUAAAUGCCGAACAGUUUGAUGCAUUAUUAAGUUUUUUCGUGUAUUUUUGAGACUUUAGAUGCAUUAGAGUGUAUGCUUUAAUCUCCGUCUAAUCCUUAAAUAUCAAAACAGACCACUGUGCAGACACCUAAACCACACAAGGUGCACAUUUGGACCCAAACAUAGGCUCGUUCUGCACUGCGUGCACGCCCCUUCAUGUACAGUAUGUAUACAUCAUCGUUUAUUAAACCGCAGCCCUGAUGUUCAUCCGGAUGACAUAUCUCGGUCAUGUGUAAACUUGAACGUGACGACAGGAAGUAGAGCGCGCUCCUCCGUUACUGGCACAUUAUGCACAACAGGGAAGUAAGCCUAACCUGCGCUUUGCGUUGUUAAAAGUUGCUGAACUCGCUGCUCAAAGUUGAUUUCUUCUCGGUUCAAAACGACGGUGCUGUUUUUAACAAGACAUUAUAGUGAGGCAGCAGGAAAUGGUCAGGAGGAUAUUCGGGCUGGAGGAGGAUUUAUGAGACAGAGGAGGAGGAAGAGGAGACGGAGCAGACCUUUUUUCAAUGUUUUGAAGUCUAUAUUUGACCGAAGCCCUGUGUGAACAUGGCCCAGUGGUUACACAUGUCCCAGAUGAUACAGUGCCUAUCAGAUGACACUGUCAACAACCUUUAUCCCCCAGCUGCCUUCCCCAUCGAAGUCAGACAUUUUUUGGCAGAAUGGAUUGAGAGCCAAAGAUGGGACGACUUUGUGCUGGAAAAGGUGGAGAUGGAGAGCCAGGCUCAGGCUCUGUUGGACCAGACUAUCAGCAUGCUGCAGUCAAUUGCUCAGCAGAACGCCAACGUGGUGGACCGGAUGAAGCUGAUGAACAUCAGCAGGAACAUGAGCAUGUUUCAGCAGCACCCUCUACAGUUUGGGGUGAUGGUCAAAGAAAUUCUUACGAAGGAGAGGCUUCUGAUUGGCGCGCCCGCUCAGAUGCCGAACCCUCCACAGUACCAACAAUACCCGAGUAGAGAGUCCUCGUUCCCCAACAUGCAGGAUGUAGACUGUCUGGUUCUGAAGGUGCUGGAGGUCCAGGACAUCCGACAAAAGAUGCAUCAGCUACAAGAAGAGCUUAACUGGGAGAGACAGAACUAUGAGGGUUUACAAGGGCCGAUCCAACAGAACGGACUGGAUCCAACAAAAUCAGAAAUCCAGAAACUUCAAAAUCACAUCCAGCAGCUGGAAUAUAAUGUGAAAGCAAUGGCCACGAAACGUUUCCAGCUGCUGAAGGACUCUGUGGACUGUCUGGACCAGUGUCAGACCAGACUGCUCAGCAGGCUGAAGGCUUGGAGGUGGGAGCAGCACAAGGCCGCCAUCGGACACUCCUUUGACGACAACCUCAACCCCCUGCAGACCUGGUGUGAGCAGCUGCUUGGCGUCAACGGAAAGCUGAGACAGGAAUUGAUGCUGAUAGGAGAGCCGAUCCCAGAGCUCCAGGAAAGACUGGGGCAACUUCUGCAGGUUCUGAUUCAAAGCUCACUCGUGGUGGACAAGCAGCCCCCUCAGGUCAUUAAGACGCAGUCAAAGUUCUCCACAACAGUGCGAUAUCUGCUGGGGGAGAAGGUUGCUCCCGGGAAGCCUGUGGUGCUGAAGGCGCAAAUUAUUAAUGAACUGCAGGCCAGGAACCUGGGCAGUGUGCCUGGCGAUAAUGUCGGGGAACUGAUAAACAAUACAGCCAUCCUAGAACACAACACAGCCAGCAAGAGCACAUGUGCCACGUUCAGGAAUAUGUCCAUCAAGAAGAUCAAGAGAGCAGACAGGAAGGGAUCAGAGUCUGUGACAGAGGAAAAGUUUGCUCUCCUGUUCUCAACAGAGAUCACCAUCACAGGCUGUGAGACACCCUACAGGAUACAGAUGAUUUCACUGCCGGUGGUUGUCAUCGUCCACGGUAGUCAAGACAACAAUGCUCUGGCCACAAUCAUUUGGGACUGUGCUUUUUCCGAACCAGACAGAGUACCGUUCAUGGUGCCAGAGCGUGUGCCCUGGAGGAUGAUGUACAGCACUCUAAACAGUAAAUUCACUGCUGAGGUCCAGACACACCAUAAUCUGGACCACUACAACCAGCACUUUUUGGCACAGAAGAUUUUCGACAAGCCUGACUUUGCAGACGACUUCAGCAACAUGAUGGUUUCCUGGGCCCAGUUUAAUAAGGAAGUUCUUCCAGGUCGACCAUUCACUUUCUGGCAGUGGUUUGAGGGAGUGAUGGAGCUGACUAAGAAGCAUCUGAAAACCUAUUGGAGUGAGGGGCUGAUAUUUGGUUUCAUUGGGAAGCAGCAUCUACACCUGAUUCUUAAAGACAGGCCCAACGGGACAUUCUUGCUUCGCUUUAGUGACUCUGAGAUCGGAGGCAUCACCAUUGCAUAUGUGUCAGCUACUGAGAACGGGGGACAGAAGAUCCAGAACAUUCAGCCCUUCACUAAGAGAGAUCUUGAGAUCCGUAGCCUUGGUGACCGCAUUCGGGACAUCAACCACAUAACUUACCUGUAUCCUGAAUUUCCUAAACAUGAAGUUUUCAAAAAAUUCUACUCAGAGCCUCAAGCGUCGCCUGUUGGGGGUUAUAUCCCUGUGUCUCUCCAUACUAAAGUUGGCACGGAAGCAGGGUCAGCCACACCCCCGGCUGCCAGUAUGACACCCCAUGCUGAAAACCCGCACAGUACUGUUGGCUUCACCGUGCAUCAGUUUGGGCAGCCUUUCAGCCCUCAGGAGUCCAUCAGUCAAGACAUAAUGGAAACAGCACCUAACUCUGUGGAGUUCAGUCCAAGCCCGUCUGUUGGCUUCCCUGAACACAUGCCCGCAGCUAGCCCGCAUAUGGAUCUGGAUUUAGACACUUUUCUCCAGAAUCUGGAGAAGAACAGUGUCUAGACUCCAGGAGACAGACGUCGGACAGAGACGAGAGCUAAAGUGUGUCUUUGGCCAUUAUUUGUGCAGACUUUCUUCUUUCACUUUCGUCAUCCAUCUACAGAUGAAUCUACUUUUGGAUAACAACAAAUCUGAUUUCCCCUGGACUUAACAUGUUGAGCUGGUGCUACAUGAAAGCAGGAAAUCAUUUUUGUGACAAUGUCAAACUGAGAACAAACAAACAGAACCCAACAUCGUGUUCUGUCGGCCAUCCUCUUUGUGCACCUCUUUAUUAAAAUCUGUACACUCUCUCACCUGGUCGUAAGUUUGUUGAUGUUAGCUAAUGGAGAUUCUUUUUGAGGUAAUUAUUUUGUCUGUGCUUGUUGCAUGUUUUUCUAACCAUGAUAAGGCAAGCAUAUUUGAAUCAUAUUUUGCAUAAAACUCGUCCUUAUGAUGGAUAAGCUUCAGUCAUAGUAUAUUACACACCUAAUCUUAAAUUUAUGCACAAUAUACAUGAAAAAGACAUCAUAACCUAGCAAAUGUUUAUGAGCCUAAUAUGUCUUGUGCUAGUGAAGAUUAGAAACAUGAGAUAAACAAUAAGCUUUUCCAUCACUAACUGUAAAACGUGCUGAAGCUAUAUCACACUGAUGGACACUUACAAUGCAAUGGAAGUUUUGAUGAUGAUGGUUGUGGUGGGAAAUGCUUUUGUCUGCCAUCUGCUUAUUUUGUGUUACAUGUUUAUAUUUUUAAAGCUGUCAUUUUUGGCCUAAGGUAUAUAUGGCCUUAAGUAUGCAUCUAGUUGCUAUGUCUUUGGAUUGAUAUAACACAUACAUGUAGUGAAAGUAGAUGAUCAACAGUAUUUUCCAUUUCCUCUUUAUUUCUAUGUAGAUUCAGAACCAAUGAGAUGUUUUUUUUAUGUUACUACAUUAAUGCAGUUUUUGGAGUCUCACUUAACAUGUUAAUGUGCCAUUUAAGAGUAUUUUUGGUUUUACAGAUAAAAACAUGUUAGGAGUAAAGUAAUUAAAGUUGUUUAUUUUGACAGGGAAUGUGGGAGUGCUAAAUCUAAUUUUGCUCUGAUAUUAGUAACUUUUAUCUGUAGCUGAAUGUUUAUUAAAAAUCUUUCUCAUUAACGGACUUUGGGUUUUAUAAGAAGCUUUAUACUCCCCUUCCAUCACUGUCAAUACUGUUCGUGUAAUAAUAUAAUAGUGUAUUGGAUGUUGCAUGUAUUUUUUACCAGAUGAUAACCUUUCAUAUCUCGUGGAUUGACUUAAGGAUAAAUUACACCAAGGCUACAACAAUCCAUAUAAUCUUUCAACUGAGGUGUCAAAUAAAAUCUGUUUUUCUGAGAA